AGGAGAGGAGUACGGGCGCGCCGCGGGCAGCUCGGUGAAGGAGGGUGGGGUCCUUGCUUCAGCGCACUGGGGCUCACGAGUUGGAGCUCGAGCGGCGGCCGUUAUGGAGAUGGAGACGACGACGACGGUGGUGGCGGCGGCGGCGGAGGAGGAGGCGGCGGCGGCGGAGGCGGCCUUAAGCCACGAGUUCAUCGGCGUCAAGAGGAAGCGGCGCCGGGGUAAAAGGAAAGCGGACGAGACGCACAUGGACACCGAGGCCCCGUCGGCCGGGAAGAGGCCGAACCUGCCCCCCAUCUCCGGAGAGCUGCUGGCGGAUGACAAACAUGAAAUCCGCAAAAUUCCUGUACCAGCACACAGAUACACACCUCUAAAAGAAAACUGGUUGAAAAUCUUUACUCCUAUCGUUGAACACUUGCAUUUGCAAGUGAGGUUCAACUUGAAAACGAGAAAUGUUGAAGUCAAGACUUGUAAAGAAACGCAGGAGAUCGCUUCACUGACAAAAGCUGCAGACUUUGUAAAGGCAUUUAUUCUUGGAUUCCAGGUGGAGGAUGCCUUAGCACUGAUUCGAUUGGACGACCUGUUCCUGGAAACAUUUGAUAUUACAGAUGUGAAACCAUUAAAAGGUGAUCAUCUUUCUAGAGCAAUAGGACGAAUCGCUGGCAAAGGAGGAAAAACCAAAUUUACAAUAGAGAACGUAACCAGGACAAGAAUAGUGCUUGCUGAUUCGAAGAUUCAUAUCCUCGGCUCUUUUCAGAAUAUUAAGAUGGCUCGAACAGCCAUCUGCAAUCUCAUUCUGGGGAGCCCACCAUCUAAAGUUUAUGGUAACAUUCGAGCAGUGGCAAGCAGAGCAGCAGAACGUUUCUGACACCCAGGAUUAAUGAACUCAAUGCAUUGUGAAUUUGCACAAUUGAUGGAGGUUAUGUGGAUGAUAUGGAUUACACACCAUUUAGUUCACUGGUGCAGUUGGAAUUGAAUGACAGCUCAUUAGAAUCCUGUAAAUUUUGCAAGUUAAUCUGUACAUUUUAAGAUUUAUUCACUUUUUAAUGUAAAACUGCUGAUUGAAUAUUGUUUGACUUAUUCCAAGAAUAAUAUAACAAAUAAAGUGUUCCAGAUGCCCUAG